ACGUACCAGCCGCGUCACCUUCCUGUCACACCUGCCCGAGUGAGAAUUACCUCCCCUUGGAUUGUUUACAGGUGACAUCACGACCUCAUUCAAAAUGGGGACGGAGUGGCUACUUGCGUUACUUUCGGCAAUUCUCAUCUUCAAAGAAGGUGAAGGGUUGAUGUGCCACCGCUGUUUCAGUGCCAUGGGUGGUUGUGGUGAUGAGGUGGUCUGGAGAAUGUUCCCAUGGAGGGAUUGUGGGCCUUCCAACUUCUGUGUCAAAGUCAUUGAGAAAGUACCAGGACAAGAGCCAAAAUAUAUCCGGGAAUGUGAACACGAAUUGAUGAAGUCAACACGACAUAGACUAAGGAUGCCAAACUUGCGUCGCCAUGGUUACUGUCUCCCAGCACGAAAAAACGACCCUUUCAACCCCCUGGAUCUGACUAACAGCCAGAUUACAUACUGUUUCUGUAAUGAGUACAAUGGAUGUAAUGGAGCCUCAGACAUCAAACUGAAAUAUGUCCCAGCUCUUGUCUUCACCUCGCUUGUAACACUGCUAUUGUCACGGUUGUUCUAAUAAUCUUCUACCGUCCCCCAAAACAUGGUGCCUACUUUUUAUGUGAUUUUUUUAUAUCGAGGAUUCACAUGUCUAUGUUUCCUGAGAAAGAAUAACAUGAACAAACACACAGUAGUGUAAAGGAUGGGGAAUGCUGAGGGCCCUGUUUGGAGAUAUUCAAAUGGCUGACGACUAGCCCUUAUUUAUUUCUUUCUUUCUUGUCCUCUGCUAUGAUCAAGAUCAUAACAAUGGCUACAGGCUUGAUUUUCAUGUUUCAAGACUGUGAGCAAAUAUGUGACCCAAGAUUAAUUUUUGAAACAUGAGUUUUCUUGAUCUUAUUGUUAAUCUUUGAAAAACAGCUUGGGUUAAGACUCAUGCUCAAAUAUUGGAAAAAAAUAUUUCUGGAAAAAAAAUAAUAUCUACAUUCAGCCGUUUUGACAUAUUUUAUCAUUACCUAAGCGAUUUACAAUUGGUCACAUGAACACAUCUGAAUUUCAUAAUGAUUUGUAAAAAAAAUCCUCAUUUCUUAAAAUUAUGAAUAUCCCAAGGACAAAAGAGGUUCCCUUCUAAGUUGUUGUUUCUGCAUCAUUGAUGCUUUUGAACAGCGAACCUGAGCAAAAUACCAUCAUUUUGUUCCAUUCUAAAUCAUAUAUAUGUUAAUUGAGCUAAUUUCAGUUUGACUCCUAUAUACGCAUUUAUCACUUUCUGAAAGGUUAUAGUUUGAUCCUUUCCUUAAGGACAGUUAAUCUGUCAAAGAACCACUAUGAACACUUUUACAAUAUUGAGGUGACAGAUCUUGAAAAUCCAUGAAUAGUUUGUUAAAUCAGCACAUUCCAAACCUACUACAGCAAUCCACGAAACCCAUUACGAUAAAGAGAAAGAUUUAAACUUGCCUUGUAAAUAACAAGAACAUAUUUUAUGUACUUUUUAUACCCACUUUGUAUAUUUCCAUGCUUGUAAAUAGACACAUUGUACUUCAUUGUAAUCAUCACUCUGAGAAUAUGUAAUAUUUCAAUGGUUUUUUUCAAGGACUCUUUUACUUAUUUUAAGAUUUAGAGGUAUUAUUUGACAAAAUCAAAUUUGUUGUUGAUAUAUGAAUGAAUGCUUUCCACAUCAGAAGUACCUGUUUCAAAACGCGUAGUUAAUAGUAUGAUGACAUUUUCAGUAUUUCAUAACUUGUCUGUGGAUUUUUUUUUUUAAACAAGAACAUAUUUCUUGUCAAAUUGCAUUUGACAUUAUUAAUUGUAUAUGAUGCUGCUGUAGUAAUAAUUGUUUUUGAAUUUGUGUACUGAAUUUUGAUAAGGUCUACAGCCAUGGCUAUCAUACGUUCUACAUUUCAGUUUGUUUAGUUUAUCUUCUACUUGUUCCUUAGUUGCCAACAUAAAAGUGGAAUAGCUGUAUACAUUCAAUAGGUUGAUGAAGACAUUUACUUUUCAUACCUUGGUUUAAGGAUUUGACUUCAGGCAAAAAGUUGAUAUUAGUAACACUGACAUGGGAUUAGUUAAUCUCCUCACACUGAUAUCCCAUUCAUGGUGCUAUCUAUAAUAUGUUACGGAGAGUGUAACGAAGGUGUCUUGCGCUGGGAAGCACCCUUGGGUGUUUGUGUGGGAAGGGAGGUAACUCUUUGAGUUUUGACAAAAAAUAUUUCUUUUUGACAAUACUUCCAUUAAAUCAUUUCAAAAUAACAUUGUUAUAAACAAUAAUAAUCAACCACUAUUUCAACACCGUUUCCGCAAUUUUUCAAAAGAAUCCUUAGACCAAUUUUAAGUAUUUGAAAAAAAGCAUUUGAAACUGUUGUGAUGUGACACACAACGCAUGAAACUAUGAAUUAAAGAACCAUUAACAAAGUAACCUAAAGUUGGUACUGUAACAAUCACUACAUUAUAAAUAUGCUUUUUAAUUUGUGAAAUUGCAUGUAAAGUAUUUUUAAUUUGUUAUUUGCUGGGCUUGUACAUGCUUGGCUUCAUAUGAAUUUCCUGACUAGUGCCAGUGUUGUGUAUAACCAUCUUAUAAACAGACAUAUGCUGUAGCUACAUAGGAUGGACAUGAUUUUAUGAUUUGACAUUUUACUUCUUGUAAAAAGCAUCUCUUUUGUUUGAAAUUUGUGAACAUAAUGCUGAAAGAGGAUGUGUACCAGGUGUACAAUAAUGAUUAAAACAUUUUUUUGUAUCCAUGAAUCAUUGUAAAAAAAUCAUAGCAAUAAAUUUUUUAGUAAACAAUA